UUGCAUGUAUUUUCAUGUUCCAACAGGAUGUAGGGUAUAUAUAGUGGGGUUGAYCAUCAAUACCACGACAAUCAAUGACAGAUCACACUCAAUCACUAUGACCAUAAAGAAGAGCACAGUUCUCUCUGUGCUGUUCUUGAUCCUUGUUCUCUCAACAGAAACGAAUUUAGUGAAAAUCCAUCGAGCUUCGCCACGAAUUCCCAAGUCCAAGUCSACUGAUCAAGAUCUAGAGAACAAUGGCUGGUUCCCCUUAUGUCGCUACCUACCUGACUUCACGAGUCUCUUUACAAAAAAUAAAGAGGCUUGGCUUUACUCCAUUCCAUGUACCAUUCUUGUGGGUUUAUGUGGAGUGUUUCCUCUCCUAGUUAUACCAGUUGAAUCAGGCCAUGCUUUGAGAGAAGGAGUUACUGCCGACCAUCUAAAAUUGUUAUUGAGCUUYGCAGUUGGUGGUCUCCUAGGCGAUGUUUUCCUGCAUUUGCUACCUGAGGCAUGGUCAAAAGGAGAUGACCCACAUGCAGUAAACUUUAACGUAGGCCUCUGGGUGCUGGCAGGAAUUCUCUUAUUCUUUAUAUUAGAAAAGAUGUUUGACGACAAUAAGGAAACAGAUGAAAAAUGUAAAAUUAAAGAAAAAGUGGACAAGCCUAACGCAAUCCAAAAUGGAAUUUCCCACAAAACAGAGAAAGAUAUUCAAAGUAGCAGUAAUCAUAAAUUAGAAGAGAAGAAUGGGCAGAURCCUACAAAUAAUUGUAUAAGACAGAGAGAAAAUAAAAGUAAAGAGAAAACAGGUGCUUGUCAGAAACAAUCUGGCAAACAACAAGAUGAAACUCAUGAGCCAGAACAUAAGGUCAUUGGAUACCUUAAUCUUUUUGCUAACAUUAUUGACAAUUUUACGCAUGGUCUUGCCGUGGCAGGGAGCUUUGUUGUCAGUAAAAAAGUUGGAUUGUGUACUACAUGUGCAAUAUUGCUUCAUGAAGUUCCACAUGAAAUUGGUGAUUUUGCCAUUCUUAUCAAAUCUGGUUUUAAGAAAAGAGAUGCAGCCAUUGGACAGAUUGUGACAGCCUCUGGUGGUCUAGCAGGAGCUAUUGUAGGACUGAUUGCUGAUCAUGCAGGUGACCAGACAGCUUGGAUACUGCCUUUCACAUCAGGUGGAUUCAUCUAUAUUGCAUUGGUUACUAUCAUCCCAGAAUUAUUAGAAGAAAAGAGACCAAGGGAGUCAAUCAAACAGGUUCUAAUGAUGGUUGCUGGAAUUAUCUCAAUGGCAUUAGUAUCUCUUGUACWUUAAUAAUCUUAUAAUAAUAAUUAAUAAUUCCCACCUGUAAAAAGAGCAGGACCACAUAUAUGCAUGUCGUCGGCAGUAGUAAUUCAUUUCAUUACUUCUGUCCUCAGGGUGCAUAUACAUAGAUUUUGAAUUUUAUUAGUAAGGUCUUACAUCCUUAAGACAUUAAGAAAAGACAACAAGAAAAGCAUAAAGCAGAAGGGUAUAUUAAUUUACAAAUCAUUGGUCAAAUACAAGUUUCAUAGCAAUGUUUGUUUGCUGUCUGCAAAUAUUCACAUGCACGUAGUAGUAUCUAUAGUUUAUUGGUAGUUAUGUUUGUGUUGUGAGCCAGCAUAGAGUGAUUAUAUUUAACCUGUGAAAGAAAAAUGACUAUUAGAAUUUAAGUUAGUACUAGUUAGUAGCAAACGAAAGAAAACUACUACAGAUUAUUAUGCAUUUUAUGUUUUCACUGGUUAAAUAGUCACUCCAGCUUAUCAAUGAUAAACACAGGGUUUUCAUAUUCUCUACUUUCAGCAGUAAUUGCCACAGAACAUACGUACUGCUGCAGUCGUAGCAAUAUCAAUAAAUCAUUAAUAUAUAUUAGUAAAUCAAUAGUUAAAUAAAUAUAUCAAUUUUAUCAAUAAUAUUAAUUUUUAGAAGAAAAAAGGCCAACUAUUUUCAUUGAAUAAAAUGAUAAAGCUAAUUUUAUGAAGCAAAAGUCUAUAUUACUAUAUAUAAAAAAAAUGCAAGUAGUUAUAUUAGUAGAUAUGUCUGUCAACUGUUGACUGUACAAAGCUCAAGCCAAGAAUUUCACAGCAAUCCUGUGGGAGUUUUGUUGUUGCUUUGCACCUUUGGAUCAACAACAAAAAAAAUAUAGAGAUAAAGCUUGAUCAAUCAAGCUUUAACCAACCAAAACCUUAAUAAACAUGCCAUUUGAUUGACUGGCAUUGAAGGAAUAGUAAUUUUAAAUGGAGCGGGUUUAAAAUCUAUGCCAGUUGAUCUGCUAGAUAGGUUGGUUUGUGAUUGUGAAAGUUGUAAAAGAAAUACUUUAAACAGUAGAACAUAUUGUUCUUAUGAUGAAACGAUUGUGAAUAGAAAUGGUAUUUAUUAACACCAGGUUAAAUAAAUGUUAUGCAUAAUGCAUGAAUUCCA